AGCCAGGGAGGGCAGGCGAAGCCCGGGGCAGCUGCUGCCGGUCGGUGUGACACAUAUUGUCCCCCUCCUUCCUCCUUCCUUCCUGGAGGUGUUGGUGCUGCUGCUGCUGCUGCUGCUGCCAUAUUGAGACCCCUCCGUCCCUGAGCUUCAUGAGGAGAGUGAGCCAACAAGAUUAAAUGGGUCCAAUAACUGGAAUGACUCCAGAUAAGAAAGCAGAAACGCCGGGGGCAGAGAAAGCUGCGGGGCUACGACAUAUCCAAAGAAUGGGAAGCUUGCCAGAGGAGGCAGUUGAUGCUGCUCGACCAAAGGCCUCGGCUGUGGACAGUGAAGUAGCUGAUGAUGAGCUCACAAACUUGAACUGGCUGCAUGAAAGUACUAACCUCUUAACAAACUUCAGCCUCGGAAGCGAGGGUCUUCCAGGGGUUAGUCCUCUAUAUGAUAUCGAGGGCGAUAAUGUGCCAUCUUACACUGCCUCCUGCUAUUCUAAUCCUGAGAAGAAAUCUGCCACUUCUAAGCCCCCCUAUUCUUUUAGCCUUCUGAUAUACAUGGCAAUUGAGCAUUCCCCAAAUAAAAGCUUACCGGUGAAAGAAAUUUACAGUUGGAUCCUGGAACGCUUCCCCUACUUUGCUACGGCGCCCACUGGCUGGAAGAACUCCGUUCGGCAUAAUCUUUCCUUGAAUAAGUGUUUCCGAAAGGUGGAGAGGAGUCACGGCAAGGUAAAUGGUAAAGGCUCUUUAUGGUGUGUGGACCCAGAAUAUAAACCAAACCUUAUACAAGCUCUGAAGAAGCAACCAUUUCCUUCCGCGUUUGCGUUUUAUACCCCACCGGCAUCACCAUUGAGUGGUUCCUCGUCUCCUUGCUACUUAACCUCAGUUCUGAAACAAAGUCAGAGUCGAUCUGUUAAAGAUUCUGAUAUUGAUGCUGCUACUGCCAUGAUGCUUUUGAAUACUUCCAUCGAAGAAGGCAUUUUAAACUGUGAGAAGCCACAGCCUCUCAAGCUCUCCAAAAAGCGGAAUUAUGGCAGUACAUUCCUCAACCAUGGGUUGGCAAACCAGGAUGAGAACGAUUUGGUGGUUUCCAGUGUCGACCCCAAGGCGGAUCACAACUACAGUGCCAGUGGUGUGGCCUCACAGCGCUGUGCAUCACUAUCCAGCAUGUCUUCCCUAUCCUCCAUCGAUGAGGUAUACGAUUUUGUCUCAGAAGCCAGCCGAACGGGCAGCGAUGGCAGCGAAGGAUUCCACAGUGAAGUGGACACCGAGGGUGAUGACAAUGAAGAUGAGGAGGAGGAAGAGGAUGAUGAUGAUGAUCCCCUGGCAGAUAGCGGUUACACCUCACAGCCAUGCAGUGGGGCUUUAGAGAAGGCACAACCCUGCCAGAAAGCCCUGGAGGAAUUGUGCCAAGAGAUUGACGAGGAACUGAAAGAGGCGGCAGGGUCUCUGCUUCACCUCGCUGGCAUCAGCACAUGUCUAGGGUCCCUAAUAAGUACUGCAAAGACCCAUAGCCACAAACGAAAGAGAACAAAUAGUGACAUGGCAUGAAAGGCUGUGUCUGCUGAUAGAUUUAAAUGCAUAUUUUUUUUAUUUUUCAGUGUGGCAAUACUCCUCUACUUUUUUGCCCUUCACAAGGGAGAUCAAAGCCAUAAAAGGACUGUUUUGUUGGUUCGUUUGUUUGUUUUUUGCAGAUUAUACUUUUACAAAAUUGGUUUUUAUUUUAAUUUAAACACCCCCCCCCCCCCCGUAAGCAUGGUGGUUUUUAGAUGGUUUGGAAGGAUGACUUGAGGUUGUGCAGAAUUGGGGGUGAGGAAAAUGGAAUGCCUCCCUAUGCUCCCUAAUAAUUUUAACCAAGUUGAAUAUUCUAAAUUUAUUGGUGGAGCGUUUGGAUUCACAUAGGUGUCCUUGUCUGUAUCAGGUGAUGUGAAUGAAGGUCUUGUAAAGCUCUUUGAAUGAAAUAGAGAUUGGGAGAUGUAUUAUCUUUGUGUGUGGAGCCUCUCACUGUAGAGUGUACACACAGUGGGAAUGUACCCUAUGUCCCAGUAAGCCUGUCCUGCAUACAGGCUCACUAGAUGCUUGUAUGUCAAGUAUUGGAACAGACUUCUCUAUCAAGUCUAAUGUGGAGUUUCUCUCACACAUUUUAAGGUUUAAAUACUGAGAGGAAAAGGACAAUGUGUUGCAGUGUACACAUGAAAACUCAUUCUGCUAGAGCUUUCAAGAUCAGGUAGUAGAGAUCAAUUAGAUUGGACCUUAAUAAAUUGGGCUAAAUCAAGGGAGGACAACUUGACGCUUUCCAGAUGCUGAUGGACUGCAGCUCCCAUAUUCCCUCACUGUUGGUUUAGGAUGGUUGGGAGCUACAGUCUGACAACAUCUGGAGUAGCAUCAGUUGUUUGCCCUAGACAAAUUCCUAUGUAAUAAAUUCCUAUGUUCGGCCCUUGGGCUACUCAAUAAAUUGUAUAUUCAAAUUCCUAUGUUUAAAGUCUGUAACAUUAAACUAGAAAAAUUCCUACCUAAAGAGAGAUCUUGUAGCACAUUUGAGACUAACAGAAAGAAAGAAAGAAAGAAGUUGACAGCAUUCAGUUCAUCUCAAAGGUGCUACAAGAUCUCGCUACAUAAUGAUUCUACAGACUAACACAGCUAUUUCUUUGAAUCCUACCUAGAGAGCAAGUGAAAUGAGUGAGACCUAUGAGCCCCAACUAAAUUAAAUCUCUGAACUAAAUUAAGGAUUGGUGUUUGCUUUAACCCAUUGUCUCCUCUUCCAGUCUGUCGUCUAGUACACAAGCAUCAGGUGUGCCUGAGGGAAUCAGAAGCCACAAUUCCUUUACUCCACCCUUAAUUUAUUACAGGCUCAGCAUAUGUUGUGAUAUAAAACGUAUGUGCGGUUGCAGGUUUGGGCAACAUCUUAUAUUCUAGUACAAGUAAUGGCAAAGUUUUAAUGGUUUUUAUCCCCACCUAGCUUUGUCUCCUAUCAUUAUAUAAUUUUCUCAUGUAUAAAAGUCUGUGAAUGCUUUAGUGCUAUAACACUGCCAUCAUGGAUCAUUUACAGACUGAUCCCUGCAAUUAUAAAAUGGGAUGGGUGGAAGAAGUAUAAGAUCCGAACUUAAGAUAUUUUUGAGAUUUUCAUUUUGAGUGGUUCAUCUUUGCUCUCACUCUAAAAUAUCCUAAUUAUAGGACAAAGUAAGGAGCUGGUUCUUGCUUUCUUUUGGGUGGCCCUUAUGAGGAGAAAAAUGAUUAGCUCUUAUAUCUACAACACAGAAAUUAAUUUGCAAAUUCUUCUUGCUAUCAUAAUAUCCCAGCCCUCCUUGUUGUCUUAAUACCUCAGUUAAGUGAAAAAUAUUGGCUGUGGAAUCAUAUGUUUCACAUAGAGCAUAAUGUAAUGACGAUUGAUUUUUGUCUCUUUUAGGUUGAAGUAGCUCAUACAAUAUAUCUGUUCUGGUUUGUACCAUUACAUGCUGCAGGUGAAGACUCGCUUGUUUCUGCAUUGUUCUCUAUGAAACAAACACACACAGAGAGAGCUAGAAUUCUAGAUUACUAGGCAAAAGUUUCUGACUUGCCCUUCUCCCAGCCAUUGUUCUCUUUGCAGGAAUCUUCAUCUUGUAUUGGAACUUGCUACCUUGUGAGCCCCACCUGCAUUCCAGUUCUGAAUAGAUGUACUGCCUGAUAGGCUUUGCAGACAGCUUUUUGAAUGGAUGCUUAAUGCCACUUGGUACACUAGACCUCCACCUCUAAUUGUAUGCUUCAUCAUUUUGCUAUAUUAACCUAGUGACCUUUGAAAGUCAGUACACAGCAGGACUGCAAAUACCAUCAACCCUAACCAGCAUAACAAGUGGUGAGGAAUCUUGGAGGUUGCAGUCUGACAACACUGAGAGGGCCAUAUGAUUUUCACCUGUCGAAUACAAUAUACAGUUCUAAAGGAUACUGUUUAAAUAUCUGUGCAUGUGUGUAUACACAUACACAAAAUUUAAAUGGAACUUAGAAAAUACAUGAUGCUGAAAAUUCCUAUCAGUCUCCAUCUUUCUUGGACAGGAGAGACAUGGGAUGAAAUUCUGACUAGGAAUGGAUUUGGUAUGGUCAGAAUGGAAUCUUUCUCUUACAUUGGUUAGUUCAGCAAUAGUAUGGCAUGCACAAACACUAUUAUAGUAGUUUGAUAACACUUUUAUCUGUCAUGGCUCCAUCCUAUGAAUCUUGGGAUCUCUAGUUGAGUGAGAUACUUGUAUACUCUUCUAGAGAACCCUUGUGCUCUGGUUAAGGGGAGUUGAUUAGAGCUCUCUUAACAUGGGAUUUUAAAUCUCCCAGGAAACCACAAAUCCCAAGUUCUGUAAUAUGGAGCCAUGACAAUUAAAGUGGUAUCAAAUUGCUAUAACUAUGCAGUGUUGAUACCAUGCUUUCUGUGCAAUACUGUGUGUCUUCUCAGCCCGGAUGCUCAGAUGGAUUGGCCAAAACCCCAGUUUGCCUUUUUUUAGAGGCUUUUCUGUUAUGGUUUUGCUUCCCAAAUGUUCAGCUACAAGUCAGCAUGGGAAGGACUGAUGCAACUGUGCAGUGUUGAUACUGACAAUUUCUCUUGCCAGAUUCUGUGGGAGCCGUGCCAUGAUUGUGUGCAACAGUGUUAUCGUAGUAUGUAGAAAAUGUAAACACAAGGAAAUGGUAAAAGAAUGCCUGUUGCUGUGAGAUGUCUUGAAUGGGUUCAGAUGUAGGCUUGGAGGCCUCUCAUCUUUACACACAGUGUUCUCUGUAAGAGUUGAUGCCUCAUGUGUGCAUCAUCUGAGAAAAUAGAGUUUAUCUAUCUCCAUAUGCCAGAAGACAUGACCUUAUGUGUAUGUUCUUGGCUUUUCUAAGAUACCUGCUGUACUGGGUGCUACUAUGCAGGUAAAAGAAGGAAUCAUGUAUGCUGGUUAGAUGGAUAGCCUGCAGAUCAUAGACAACUGUACUGACCAAAACAGUUCUUUCCUUGUACCUAUUGUUUGUAAUGAUGGGGGUUUUUUUGUGAUGGGAAGGGACCUCACAGGGACUGCUUCCACAUACUCAGGGUGUAUCCACUCUGCAGAAAUAAAGCAACUUGACUCCACCUUAACUGCCAUGACUGUUAUUCUUACAGGUUCCUGGGAUUUGUAGUUUGGUGAGGUUCCAUACCUCUCUGACAGACCAGGUUGAAUACCUGACCAAACUAGAAAUCCCAGGAUUCCAUAGCAUGGAGCCAUGACACUUAAAGUGGCAUCAAACUAUUUUGUUUCCGCCUCUUCCCAAUUGUAGUAUGACAAAAAGCAUUGAUUGGAACAAACAGGUUCCAACUGAGAAUGACAAUUUUGUGGCCUGCCCAGCCUAGAAUUCCCAACAUUCCUCACACUGACAAUGCAGGCAAGGGAUGUUGGGAGUUGAAGUCCAGCAGCAUCUGGAAGGCUGUACAAUUUCCAACCCUGAUCUAAACAGACCAAUCUCCCCCAGUGCCAUUGCUAGCAGGUUUCACAAAUAGAACUGACCCCUUGAAUAGUGGCUCUUAGACACUUCAAACAUUUUGGACUCCAGUUCCCAGGAGCCCCAGCCAGCAUGGCCAAUAGUCAUGGUUUCUCAGAGCAGAAGUCGGAAACAUCUGGAGGAUGAAAGGUUGAGAAAUUGUCCUGGGUGCAUCCCACUGAAAUGUCUUUCAAAGAAGAGCAUAGCUGUGUUCUUAGUUACACAUUUCCUGUUUCUUUCAGCGGAUGCUUCCAUGGGAAAUGUCUCCAAGUAGUGAGUUGGGGCAGUUCUGUAGUUCUCAGAAUGACUAAAAAUACUAUGGCUUCAUUCACACUACACAAUUAUAGCACUAUGAUUGCACUUCAUCUGUUAUGACCAUAUCCUAUGGAAACCUGGGGUUGUAGCUGGAUGAGGAACUAUACUUUUCUGGCUGAGAAAUCUAAAUACCCCUCCCUAAAUACAAAUCCCAGGAUUCCAUAGGAUAGAACCAGUGCAGUUAAAAGUGGACUCAUAGUGCUCUGAUUGUUUAGUGUGAAAAGGCUCCAUUUGGUGACUAAAGCAUAAAUGUUGCUUAUUCUGCUUGGUUUGAUUGGGCAGCUUGUGUAAACACAAGCUGCUCCACCAAUCCAGGUAGAAUAAGUAACAUUUGUGCUUUUUACACUUCUUUCCGUUUCUAAAAAAGGUUGUGUAUGAAAGGGAGGUCAUGCUCGUCCAGUUAAGCAAAUCUUAUCCGUAUUGGUAAGGAAAUCAGUGAAGAAGACCAAGUUCCAUUUUAGUCCUUAGUAGAAUGAAGUGAAAUGUUUUAAUGGUGGCAUAAAACUUGAUAACAGAGUAGCUGGGGAGAAUGAGGAAUGUGUGACGUUCCACAGAUUUGAUAGCACUGCAGCUCUUCUCAGCCCUAGCCAGUGCCAAGGGAUGAUGGGAGUUGUAGUACAACAAAAUCUGAAGAGCAACAGGUCUUCCAUCCCUGUAGUGCAGGCAACAUGCAGGCUGAAUUUGACCCUCAGGCACUUUUGUGGUGAGGUGGUUCCCAAUCCACAAUCUGAUUUUGGUAGUGUAGCAACAAGAUCUACAAAGGAUGUUUGGAUAUUUUUAGAAGGUAAUUGUGGUCCUGGAAGCUGCUUGAGAAACAAGUCCCGUUGCUCUCUUAAAUAUUCUGUUUUCCAAAGGGGGGGGGGGGAUCAAUUUCUGUUUGCCAUUAGAUAGCCAAAAGAGGUGCCAGGGAGAGGUGUUUGGCCUGUAGCAGAAGCUGCCCCCUUCUCAAAUUGCCCCGUGGAUUCACUGAAUUUGGUUAUCCCAUCCCAUUAUAGUAGAUGAUCAGAGUUUUCAUUUUCUUGAAUGCUGCCUCCUUACAUCCGUGUCAGCUCUUCCACUGCAGUCAUUCAUGUAGUCAUUUUGUAGAGGUCCAGUGCCACAGUCCAGUGAAGCCACACAUGGUGUGCCUGCUGGAUCCCAAAUACCAUCUGUUGUGUAAUGUUGGCAGAGAUUCACCUCGUGUCGGGAAGGGUCCGUGUACCAUUUUUAGUGUUUUGGAGCAAAACCUUUGUUAAAAUGAUAGCAAACUGUAAAUGCCUCUAUGUUGUACACAAUGCUAGUUUCUAGACAAACAAAACAAAACUUUAAUGCAUGGCUGUUUGCACGUUCACCUGUUUAUACACAAUUUACUCUGGUGUAAAGUUUAAACACAAAUGGUGCUCGUUCUGUGUGUGGCCUGCUUUUGCUCUUCUCAGAUGGUUUGGCCAAAACCCCAGUUUGCCUUUUCGUGUGACUUUUCUGUUGUGGUUUUGCUUCCCAAAUGUUCAGCAACAAGCCAGCAUGGGAAGGACUGAUGCAACUACCCACUCCCAAAUUAGACAACAAUACUGUAUGGUUUGGUUUUAAUAUUUCUAGAUUUUAGUUUUUUGUUAAUUGCCCAAGCAAUUGGUUUAUGUUCUGGCAAAGUAAUAUAAAAAUGAAGCUGAAUCCACAAUUGAAAAUGCUUCAUUAAAUAUGUUUUUAUUUGCAGUUUAAAAAGUGUGACAACAAGGGUGUUUGGGUGGAUUGCUGCACAGUUGUGGUGCCAUAAAAAUAUUUCCUCUCACUAAUAGCUGGUGUUCAGGGCCUGCUCCUCUUGGAAUAAUUUUUAGCCAAGUAGAAUUUCCUGGCAGGGGAACUGUUUAAGCCUCUUCAUCUAAAUUUUCAAGAACACCUGUGUCUUAUUUUUUAUUAUAUUUGUUGCUUUUUGCAGAAAAGUAAGCAAUACCAGUGCUCAGGGAAGUUACUUUUCGGACCCAAACUUCCAGAAUCAAUCAGACAGGAGGCAAAGGAUUCUUGGAGUUUCAUUUUUAAAAAGUUUAUUUCCUGAUAAUCUGACUAAAGCAAAUGGGAGCAACAAAAUAACAACUUGGCACCCAGUAGC